AUGCCAGACUCUCCUGCCGAUGGCACUGCGGCUGCAGGAACAGGCGCCACCACACAGGCCACCGCCACCACACAGCCAGCAACACAGCAGCAACAGGCAGCCCCUGCCCAAACACCACAGACUCAACAGGAGGUAGACCGAAUCGUCCUCAACUACCUUAAUCAAAAAGGCUACAAACAAGCAGAGAUCGCACUUAAACGCGAGGCAAACUUGCUGACCCUCGAGGAGCAAGCCACUGCUCUCGCUGCAAAGGACAAAGAAGCCACUGGAGCCGCCACCACUGCGGGACCUCCUCAACCCACACAUGACAAGAACGAGAUGGGCGAUCCUGAUGCAUACGACCAAGCAUACUCAUCACUCCGGCGCUGGAUUGAGAAUUCCCUCGACCUCUACAAGCCGGAGCUUAUGUCGGUCUUGUUCCCUCUCUUCCUUCACAGCUACCUUAAUCUUGUGAACAGAGGACUGAAGGAGCAAGCCAGCAAAUUCAUGGCGAGCUACAAAUCGGAUCACUUGGAGAUGCACUCACAGGACAUUGCUCGGUUAGCAAUCAUCACGGACGCACAACACAUCAAGGAGAACGAACUGGCGCAGAUGUACAAAUCCAACAAAUAUAACCUCCGCAUGGCACCUGUCUCGUUCGAGCUGCUGAUCGCGUUCCUGCAAGAUAACAAAUUCAUCGUCCUCCUUCGGAUUGUCAACCAACACGUCAACAUCAAAGUCGGCGCCGCGGCCGCAGGCGAAGAUGAGGUCAUUGGAAUCGCUGGACAUGGAACUCAUCAAUUGGCAACGUUUAACCAGCAGAGCGUUGCCCUGGGACAGAUGCCACCUGAUGCCACCUUCCGGGAGCAGGUCGAGCAAACCCUGAAGGAGGAGGAGGCGCUUUCGGGAGGAGAUACGAUCAUGAACGGGGAGACUCCAGCAUCACUCUUGGAGGAAUACAAAAAAGUGAAGACAGAAGCAGGAGUUGACUCGCCAUCUCGGGACGACGUACCUCUUCCACCAUUCAAGGGAAGCGAUAUUCAGGCAGAGAUUGAGGCAUUGCGGGAUUCACGGAAACGCGUCGCAUUGGGACCCUCCAGCUUGCCCUCAAUAUGCGCAUACACCUUUCACAAUGCUCAAGAGAAUAUCAACUGUGUGGCGGUGUCGGAAGACGCGACUAUGAUGGCUGCAGGAUUUUCAGAAUCCUACGUCCGACUCUGGAGUCUCAGUGGCGAAAAACUUCGGGGAUUCAGGAGUAACUUCAACCCCGCCCAUAUCCACGACUCCAACGAUUUGAACAGGGUCAAGGAAAAGAAGGGUGCAGACUCCAAGAAGCUAAUCGGACAUGCAGGCCCUGUCUUUGGUGCCAGUUUCAGUCCAGACAACAAGUAUCUGAUCACCUGCUCGGAAGACAAGUCAGCGCGCCUGUGGAGUACGAGCACGCUUACGAACCUGGUUUGCUACAAGGGGCACAACUACCCAGUGUGGGAUGUGGAUUUCGGACCUCAAGGAUUUUACUUUGCCACUGCCUCUCACGACCGCACAGCCAGACUCUGGAGUUGCGACCACAUUUACCCGUUGCGCAUCUUUGCCGGACACUUGUCUGAUGUCGAUGUUGUCAAAUUCCACCCUAAUUCCAAAUACGUGGUGACCGGAUCAAGUGACAAGACAUCAAGACUGUGGGAUGUCCAGAGAGGGACGUGUGUUCGUGUGUUUACAGGACAUGUAGGCGCUAUUCACGCGAUCGCCAUGUCACCAGAUGGCCGAAUGAUGGCUUCUGCGGGAGAGGAUCGCUCGAUUCAGCUAUGGGAUUUGGGAUCAGGAAAGCGGAUGAAGAAGAUGACCGGACACCAGGGAACCAUUUACUCGUUGGAUUUCAGUCAGGAUGGUUCGAUCUUGGUCUCUGGCAGUGCAGAUUGCACGGUCCGCACUUGGGAUGUCAAGAAGGAAGGCAGCCAGGGAAGUGCAGGACAUCGCAUUCUGCAGGACGACCGCGAGGGCACUGCUGCUGGAUCUGCUAACGGUACUGUCGUAUCCUCACCAGUCCUUGCACAAGGACAGGGUCAAGGAGCUCUCGGCGCAGGAGCAACGGCAGCGGCGAUGGAGAGGUUGAACAGGAAGAGCCUGCUGACUGGACCUUUGGAAUCUGAAGAUCAUCUGGCAACGUUCCCAACGAAGCGAACGCCGAUCUACAAGGUUCAAUUCACAAAGCGGAACCUUUGCCUAGCCAUUGGCGCCUUUUCUGGCAACUAG